CACCCACUCCAUCUCCACCACCAUCACCCUCGGCCUCCUCAUACCAGCACAGGGCCAGCGAGAGUCACGCGCCUUGGCUUCCAUCCCUCCACUGCUGCGUAUAUACCCAGCACAAGGGGCUCAAAAGCAUCCUCUCACCUCUGCUCGUGUGGUCACCCUUGCCGGCCUCUCCCCUCUCAGUCCGCCCGUGCAGCUACAUAGGGUAGCACAAGUCCUCGCCCCGACAGGGACAACGACGUACAGCUUGCUGUUCAUACCCGCAUAGGAACCAGCUGUAUAUCAGCGUACGCCCAAGAUGCAGAUGCUCACAAAGUUCGAGUCCAAGUCCAAUCGGGUGAAAGGCAUCGCAUUCCAUCCCAAGCUUCCCCUCUUGGCAGCAGCUCUCCACAAUGGCUCAAUUCAGCUGUGGAACUACCAGACGGGAACCAUCUAUGAUCGCCUGGAAGAGCACGAUGGUCCAGUGAGGGCCAUUGCUUUCCAUCACUCUCAACCCCUCCUCGUGUCCGGAGGAGACGACUACAAAAUCAAGAUCUGGAACCACAAGACGAGGAGAUGCAACUAUACCCUCAGCGGGCAUCUUGACUACGUCAGGACCGUCUACUUUCACCACGAGCAGCCUUGGAUCCUCUCCGCCUCUGAUGAUCAGACGAUCAGGAUCUGGAAUUGGCAGAGCAGAACAUGCAUUGCCAUCAUCACCGGACACAACCACUAUGUCAUGUGCGCGCAAUUUCACCCCAAGGAGGACCUCAUCGUCUCGGCAUCGAUGGACCAGACCGUAAGAGUCUGGGACAUCUCUGGCCUUCGCAAGAGGAGCACCUCGGCCCAGCCUCUCAGCAUCGAAGAGCAGAUUGCCCGAGCCAACACUGGACAGGCAGAUCUGUUUGGCAACACAGAUGCCAUGGUCAAAUAUGUCCUCGAAGGUCACGACCGCGGAGUCAAUUGGGCCACGUUCCAUCCCACUCUGCCCCUCAUCGUCUCUGCUGGAGACGACAGGCAGGUCAAGCUCUGGAGGAUGUCAGACACAAGGGCUUGGGAGGUAGACACAUGCAGGGGACACUUCAACAAUGUCUCUUCCGCUCUCUUCCACCCUCGACACGAGCUCAUUGUGUCCAAUGGAGAGGACAAGACCAUCCGAGUGUGGGAUAUGGGCAAGCGGACGGCAGUAGCAACUUUCAGGAGGGAGAAUGACCGCUUCUGGGUCCUCACCGCCCACCCCAACCUCAAUUUGUUUGCUGCUGGUCACGACAAUGGUCUCAUCGUCUUCAAGCUAGACAGGGAGAGGCCAGCCCACUCAGUCUACCAGAAUCUGCUCUUCUACGUUCGCGACAAGCAGGUUCGCCAGCUAGACUACAGUACUGGCUCAGACCACGCCUUGCUUUCGGUCAAGCGCCUGGGCAAUCAGUACGUUCAGCCACGUUCCCUCAGCUUCAACCCUGCGGAGCGGUCCGUCAUCGUGACUUCGAUCUCUGGCGAGCAGGGCGUAUUUGACCUCGCUCCCUUGCCAAAGGAGGGCAGCGCGCCCUCUGAGCUCGGCGAGUCGGGUACGAUCGGCAAGAGGGCCAAUGCUAAUACGGCCCUCUUCGUUGCUCGCAACCGUCUAGCCACCUUUGACAAGGCAGCACAGACGAUUGAUAUCCGUGAUCUCAACAACAGCGUCACAAAGACGAUGCCUUGCCCAGUCGUAGUCAACGAGAUCUUCUUUGGUGGCACAGCGUCACUCCUGCUGUCUACUGCCACUGGUGUGGCUCUCUUCGACAUCCAGCAGCAGAAGGUCCUGGCCGAGGUGGCAUCCCCCACCGUCAAGUACGUCCUGUGGUCUCAAGACAACUCGCACGUUGCUCUGCUGUCCAAGCAUAGCAUCACUCUGGCUGACAAGACACUCAGCAAGACUUCGCUGGUUCACGAGACGAUCCGCAUCAAGUCCGCUGCAUGGGACGAUGCUGGAGUCCUGCUCUACUCGACGCUCAACCACAUUAAGUAUGCUCUGCCUCAGGGUGACUCCGGUAUUAUCAAGACUUUAGAGCAGCCCGUCUACCUGACAAAGAUCAAGGGGAAGACUGUCUCAUGCCUUGACAGAACUGCCCGGCCUCGCAACAUUGCUAUCGACCCAACUGAGUACCGCUUCAAGUUGGCUUUGGUGCAAGGCCAACACGAAGAGGUUAUGAAGAUCAUCAAGAACUCGAAUCUCGUCGGUCAGGCCAUCAUUGCUUAUUUGCAGAAGAAGGGAUACCCAGAGAUUGCACUUCACUUUGUUCAAGACAAGUCGACUCGCUUCGACCUUGCCAUCGAAUGUGGGAACCUCGAAGUCGCCCUCGAGACUGCUGAAUCGAUCGGUGCAAAAGAAGUCUGGGAACGACUGGCAGAUGCUGCGUUGAAGCAAGGCAACCACAAGAUUGUCGAGCGAGCAUAUCAAAAGACGAAGAACUUCGAGCGCCUCUCCUUCCUCUAUCUCAUCACUGGUAACACUGAGAAGCUGGCCAAGAUGGCAGUCAUCGCUGACAAGAGAGGCGACCCUAUGAGCCGCUUCCACAACGCCUUGUACUUAGGCGACGCGAAGGCACGAUCGAGGAUCCUAUCGGAUGUAGGCCUUGACGCCCUGGCGUACGUCAGUGCGAAGAACAGCGGCGAUCUCGAUGGCGCUGCUCAGAUCGCUGCCAGAGCCGGUGUUGAGAGUGGGAUGACCGAGCUUGAGAUGACAAACAAUGUAGGCUCGUCGAGUUCACACACCCUCCGACCGCCUCCCGUGGUCACAAAGUCCUACCAGUACAACUGGCCGCUGAAGGACACUACCGAGUCCUACUUCGACAAGGCUCUCUUGGCAGAUGUGGAAGAGGGUGGCAACAUCUUCAAGGACAAUGCCGUGAAUGGAGAGCAUGACGCAGAUGGCUGGCUGGACGGCGAUGACUUUGUCGAUGCCGAGGAUGAGGAGGAGGACGGCUACGGAGCAGCAACGAGUGGCACUAUUGCAGUGGAUGCCGGAGACGAGGAAGCGUGGGAUCUAGAAGAUCCUGACCUGCCUGUCGAUGAAGCGGACGCUCCCGUGAUUGCUCCUCUAUCGGCGCCGAGUGCUCAGGAGGGGUCUCUGGAUCCAGGAUCUUCCGAGGCGGAGCAUUGGCUACGCAACUCGCCGAUUGCUGCCGACCACGCUGCUGCCGGAUCGUUCGACACAGCCAUGACUCUCCUCACGCGCCAAGCAGGUAUUACCGACUUCAACCCUCUGAAGCCUUACUUCCUCUCUGCGUAUCAAGGCUCGAGAGCAUUCUUACCAGGAGCAGGCGCUGCCUCCCUGCCCUCUCUUGAGAUUCCGCUGAGGAGAAAUGUGGACGAGGAAGAGAUUUCGAAGGUGCUUCCUGCCCAGGCUAGGAGCGUGAGAGAUAUCACUGCUGGAGAGCUGCAGGAUGCUUAUAAGGCUGUGAAUACAAACAAGCUGGAGGAGGCUGAAGAGUUGUUCCGCGGGAUCCUCUGGAAGCUGGCUAUGACUGUUGGAAAGGAUGCCGUAGAGGGCCAAGAGAUUCUGGACCUGAUCAUCCUCUGCCGAGAGUACCUGCUGGGAGUUGGCGUCGAGCUCGCCCGCCGUCAGCACCUCGCCGCCCACCCAGAGGACGUCUCUCGCCAACUGGAGCUGGCUGCCCUGUUCACGCAUGCGCAAAUGCAACCCCCACACCAGCAACUCGCCUUGCGCACAGCUAUGAACGAAUCGCGCAAGGUAGGCAAUCUCAAGAUGGCCGCUGGCUUCGCCAAGCGUCUUCUGGACCUGAAGCCUUCGAAUCCCAAAGUGGAACAGCUGGCACAGAGUGUCAUUUCUGCCGCUGACCGCAACCCGCGAGAUGCAGUCGUGGUCUCUGGAUACGAUGCCCAUGAGAGGGACUUUGUCAUUUGUGCGGGCAGCCAGGUGCUCAUCCCCGCUGGAGGUCAAGGGGCCAUUGAGGAUCCCUUCACUGGAGCAAAGUACUUGCCUGAGUUUAAGGGGUCGACGUGUAGGAUCAGUCGCAUCAGUGAGGUUGGAAAGAUUGGAAGUGGGCUGAGGACUUGGAUUUGAGAAGAGAGGUGGUGAAGAAGGGCAAGGGAGUAUACGGAGGAUGUUGCCCUUGUACUCUACAACGAGUCAAUCAACGAUCAAGUGUGCUACCGAUCACAACAGUGUGUAUGCAUGUUCGCUCGCUCAAUUGAUAGUGAAUGUCUAAAGUACAAGUGAAAGGGCUCCCUC